CUGACCCUCAUCACCCUGCACCAGGCCAAGGGCCUCGAGUUCCCCGUGGUCAUGAUGGCCGGCAUGGAGGAGGGACUGCUCCCCCACAGCCGUUCCAUGGACACGCUGGCUGAGGUCGAAGAGGAGCGCCGCCUGUGCUACGUGGGCAUGACCCGCGCCAAGGAGCGGCUCUACCUCCUCCGCUCCUUCCGACGCCGCUACCCCAUCGACAGCGGCGUCACCCUGCCCUCCCGCUUCUUGGAAGAGUUGCCGGAGGAUGUGCUGGCUUCGCCCGCGCUGGAUCGUCCGCCGGGAUCUCGCGCCGACUUCCCACGGCCUCAACCCGUCCCGGUCCUCGCGCAACGCCGACGUCGGCAUCGGCGGCUCCUACGGACAGGCCCGCCGCGCUUCCCGCACUCGCCUGGGCGAUGGCGCGGAACCGGUUGUGACGCCACCCGCGGACGCCUCCGCGGCAACAUCAUGAGCGCCUGA